AUGGAAGCUGGAGGCAUGAAGGGUCCUCUCUGCAGCUUGAGAAGCAGGGGCACAGAGGAGGUGCUGUCGGAAGUAUGGGGCUCUGACCCCCGACGGGGGAAAUGUGGUGCCCGCGGGAGGCCGGCUGUAGCUGUGAAUUUCCGGAGUCAGCCACCCAUCUCCAUUCGGCAGGCAGCAGACACCUUGGCCGUGCGGCAGAAGCGGCGAAUCUACGACAUCACAAAUGUCCUGGAGGGCAUCGGGCUGAUUGAGAAGAAAUCCAAAAACAGCAUCCAGUGGAAGGGCGUGGGCCCGGGCUGUAACACCCGUGAGAUCGCCCACAAACUCAUUGAGCUGAAGGCGGAGAUAGACGACCUGGAACAGCGGGAGCAGGAGCUGGAGCAGCAGAAGAUGUGGGUCCAGCAGAGCAUCAAAAACGUGACGGAAGAUGUCCAGAACAGCAGGUUAGCCUACGUGACGCACGAAGAUAUCUGCAAGUGCUUCUCAGGAGACACCCUGCUAGCAAUUCGAGCCCCGUCCGGCACCCGGCUAGAAGUUCCCAUUCCAGAGGGCCUGAACGGACAGAAGAAAUACCAGAUCCACCUGAAAAGCACCAGCGGCCCCAUCGAAGUCCUGCUCGUCAACAAGGAUGCUUUGAGCUCCCCCCCUGUGGUGCUCCCCGUCCCUCCCCCGGAAGACCUCAUUCAGUGCCAGCCCGUCGCGGCCGCCAAGCCCCCGAGAUCACCUGCUGCCCUCUUCCCGGAGGCAUCCGUGCCCGGCGGUUCUCACCCGUCCACGCCCACCCCGACCAGCACUCAGGACCACAGCCAGGCUGCAUCGAAAGCCACAAGCCCAGGUCGGGGAAGGGGGCUGGCUGGGCAUGUCUGGGAGCUGGGUGCGAGUACUAGAGCGCUUGAGCGGGUGAACUGCUGCCCAUGCCCCCCGCUCGCGGCCAGGCUGGUUGUCCCCUCGUGGCAGAGACCCCGCUGCUCCCCCUACAGGCGUGGGAGGUGGCCGGGGGGCAUGAGGACCAGGCCGAAAGCCCGUAGACACGCCUGCCUGUGUUCCCCGGGAGCCUGGCUCAGGCCUUUCGGGGCCCAGGGCCAACCGCUUCGGUUCAUUGUCUCCCCAGUGCUGGAGCUUCCCAAAGAACUCGCCGAGAUGUUUGAUCCCACACGAGAAUGCCUGAACUCCGAGCUGCUGGAAGAGCUGAUGUCCUCCGAAGUAUUUGCUCCCUUGCUCCGCCUCUCCCCGCCCCCUGGAGACCACGACUACAUCUACAACCUGGACGAGAGCGAAGGCGUCUGCGACCUCUUCGACGUGCCGAUCCCCAACCUCUGACUGCCCGGCACGGGGCCUGGCCUGGGGCACAGACUGGCCGCUGGCUUCGGAACCUGUCGCCGUUUGGAUCCCCGUGGUGCGGCAGGGGGCUCUGGGCCGGACUGGAACCGAGAGCUGGACUUGGGGACCAGGCGCCUCCCUCGAGUUACCUCACCCCUCUGCGUCUGUCUCUCCACUGGAUCCGAGCCCGAGCCUGCCCCGUACGGCUCUGCCCCUCGGCGCCUCCUCCGCGCGGCAGGCUCUGGCUUUCCUGCCCCCCUCCCGCCCACCGGCACUUUGCAUCUUAGGCAGCGGGAGGGUCCG